AUGCACAGUCACCAACAUUUCACACGUUCCAAAACUAAAUAUAAUCAUCCUUCCAAAGAAUCCACAAUCUCAUCAUCAAUUAAUCAACUUCGUGAUUCAUUUUCGAUGGCAAGUUCUUUCACAAAAGCUGAAGAUUCAUCCCAAUCAUAUAAUGAUCAUAUACUGAAUCCUGAGCUACACUCUCAUUUUGGUACACAACAUCAAACUACGGAACCAAAAUCAUCACCAUCUCAUCAUUCCUUGAAACCAUCACCGGCACGAUUUUCGCAUGAAUCUGGUCAAUUAUUACAAAAUGAAGUUGAUCGUCUGAAAGCUGAAUUACAAAUGUUGAAAUCUUCUUCUCAACCAUUAAUCGAUCAAAUGAAUCCCUCGAAUUUUCAAUCAACCAUAUCAUGUCCAACGAAUGUUUCGACACAAUCGUCUACAAUCACUUCAACUAUUCCAUCGAUUCAAUAUGUUAUUAAUAUCGAUCCAUUACAACAAAUGAAAGAUUUUGUCAAACCAUUUUUCGGUAAUCCAGAAGAUGAUGCGUCUAAAUGGCUCGCUAGUAUUGCUCAUUUUUUUGAUAUCAUUCGUCUACCCGGUAAUAAGGAUGAAUUAUGUUUUCAAUAUGCUCCAGCAUUUUUAAAAACCUAUGCAUAUCGAUGGUGGACAGAAAAUAAAUCUUUUAUUAGCAAUUGGUCGUGUUUCAAACAAAUGUUCACCGAACAAUUCGGCGAAAAGAAUGAAUAUCUAUUGGAACAACAAAUGAAUCAACGUAAACAACAACCCAAUGAACCAGUUAUUAAAUAUUAUUAUGAUAUGAUGGAAUUAUAUGAUUAUUCUACACCGAAAGAAUUUCUACUUAAAGUUCAACAACUGGAAAAUAUAGAGAAGCUGGUGGAAUUACGUCAAAUUUCGAUUAACGCUUCAACGACAAAACAACAACACAAUGAUAAUCUGAGCUCUCGUGCACAGAUUGACUCAUCUUCUUACGUUCAUCAUCAAAAUCCAUCAUCGUCAUUUUCUUCGCAUCAUUUCUAUCAAUCAAAUGUUCAACCAGAUACAUAUGAUUCUCGUUAUUAUCGUACAUUUCCAAAUCCAGGUCGUGCUCCACAAUCAUUUUCGUCGGAUAGAAAUUUUCAAUCUUCAUCAAAUUCAACACCAUCAUCACAGUCAAAUAAACCUUCACGUACAAAGGAUAUUCAAUGUUAUCAUUGUGGGAAGUGGGGACAUAUCGCUCGUAAUUGUUAUCAAAGAAAUAAUCCGUCAUCAUUUCCAUCUGCAUCUCGUCAACAAAAAAACCAAUAA